GCAGUGUGAAUUCAGCGGACGCGUUUGAAACCCUCUGAAUAAAAAAAUCAUGAUUUCUUUAUCAUCGCUGAUUUUAUUUGCGGCUCUCAGUUGGAGUAUAGCUGAUGACGGUCAUGAGAUGGAGGAGUUUUUAAAGAGGGAGUAUUCACUGUCAAAACCUUAUCAGGGUGUUGGUGUGUCGGGUUCGUCUCACUGGGAGUUGAUGGGAGAUUCUCUGGUCACCACAGAUCACAUCCGUCUUACUCCAGACCAGCAGAGCAAACAGGGGGCCAUCUGGAGCCGAGUGGCAUGUCAUCUGAAGGAUUGGGAGCUGCAGGUUCAUUUUAAGAUUCACGGUCAGGGCAAGAAGAAUCUGAACGGUGACGGUCUCGCUGUGUGGUACACGAAGGAGCGCAUGCAGAAAGGUCCAGUGUUUGGAAACAGAGAUUUCUUCACCGGUCUCGGUUUGUUUGUGGACACUUACCCCAAUGAGGAGAAACUUCUGGAGGCUCAGAAGAAGAGAUACACACCUCGCACCGAGAGAAUAUUUCCAUUCGUGUUGGCGAUGGUGGGCAACGGCACCAUCAGCUACAAUCACGAUCGUGACGGUCGGCCGACUGAACUGGGCGGCUGUAAUGCCAUGGUGCGAAACCAGAAACACGACACCUUCAUCUUCAUCAGAUAUGUGCGGCGGCGACUCACGAUCAUGAUAGAUAUUGACGGUCAGCACGAGUGGAGGGACUGUCUGGAUAUUCCGGGCGUUCGGCUCCCGCAGGGCUUUUACUUUGGUGCUUCAGCCGUCACUGGAGAUCUGUCAGACAAUCACGACCUGAUCUCCAUGAAACUCUACCAGCUCACUGUCCUGCGCAGUAAACAGGAAGAGGAGGAGGAAGAGGAAGUGCUGAUUCCCAGCGUGGACAACAUCGACUUACUCAGACCGUAUACAGAUGUGGAGGGCAUGAGCAGCAUCGCCAUCUUCUUCACCGUUCUCUUCUCCAUGUUGGGUUUGUUUCUCCUCGUGGUGGUCGGACUUGUCGUUUAUGGCCACUGGAACGAAAGCCGACGAAAACGCUUCUACUGACCGCACACACAGACUCUCAUGCACAUGAACUUAUUCAAGUGUCUUUGAGGUUUUAUUUAUUUAUAUUUGUGCUUCUGACUGUUUUUACACUGUUUGAAUCAUGUAAACCACUGAAGGGAGUUAUGAUUGUUGUGCUGAAGAUCACAUGGUCUCAGUUGUGAUUUACAGUUCAGAUGCCCAUCACCACACUGGCAAUCUGAGUUUAAAGACACUCUGUUGUUUUAUAUUGUCUUCAAUACCACUAAAGAAUGUGUUUAUGCCAUUUUUAUAUGUAUGUUAUUACAUUUCUCCUCAAGUGCUUCUGUUUUGUUUUUGUUCAUUAUCUGUUUGUCUCUCUGCAAGCAAGAAACAGAAAAUCCAUUUACAGCUGAUUGCUUUAAAUGAAGUAAAAUAAGAAAUGUGUUCAGAAUUUAAAUAGCAAUAUUUCAAUCUAUUUUUGCAUAAUUAAUUGCAAACAGGAAGUCUGUAGCAGGAAUAUUCAUGACAGAGUUUGGCACUCUUGUCACAUGUUUUCCUCAUUUUCUUGAUCGAUCCAUGAGCACUAGUUCAUCGCGUCUUCAAAUGAUCCAUUUCUGUGUUAAUCAGCAUCAGCUGAAUGGAAGAUUGCUUCUUGGUCUUUUAUAUCUGUUUAUUUAAUGUUUGAUCAUUUAUUUGUUAAAGUCCAUCUUAAACUAAUGCUGUUCAAAAGUGAUUAUGAGAUGUCAAAGCAUUGUCUAAAUGAAUCGCAGCUCUUCAUUCUGUUGGAUCAUUCUGUUGGAUCAUUUGCACAAUAAAGAAAGAACUCAUGGAUGAGUUCACUUUUGUUCA